ACCAGGAAGGACCUUCCUUCUUUCAUUUGCAACAGAAUUCCUUCGUGGUCUUCACUUCCCCAAGCUCUCAGGGAGACACAACAAUGCCACUUGAAAUCCGUAACAUUGAAAUGAAGGUCGGAGACACUCUGAAGAUUAAAGGGAAGAUUUCAGAUGAUGCCAACAGAUUUGCGGUGAAUCUCGGGAGCAGCUCGGACAACAUUGGCCUGCACUUCAACCCCCGCUUCCAAGACGAAGUUGAUGGGGCUGUGAUUGUCUGUAACUCAAAGUGUGAUGACAGCUGGGAUUCUGAGCAGAGAGAAUCCAACUUCCCCUACAGCAAGGGGGAGAAGUUCAAAUUACGCAUCACUUUAAAGGAAGACUCCUUUGAGAUCAAACUCCACGAUGAUUCCACCAUCGAGUUCCCCAACCGGAUGUCCCUGGGUACGGUCAACUUUGUGUCUGUGGACGGAGACUUCAAAUUGGUCUCAUUCAGGUGCAACUGAGAUGCUUGAGCGGAAGAGUCAAAUGAAUGGAAGCUGAAGAGAAAAUAGUUCAUCAGCUGUCUGAUAGAGAACAAUUCAUGCAGCCUUACAUCAGUGGAUUUGAAGCAGAUGAUGUAAUAGUUUAGUUAUCUUUGGGAUUCUUAUUUCAAAUAAAAUCUAGUCUUCCGGAAGAAUACAUCUGAUGAAUAUGCAUAGAAUUAAUGUGAUCACUUGUAAUUUAGAUCUUAGUCAGAAAGACCAUUCAAUUGAUAUUGUUCCUUGUAUGUGCUUAAGGAUAAUUAGGGUGGCGGAUGGAAAAAAAUGUGACACAAUUGCUUUGUCCCUUCAAAUCAAGGGGUUGAACCAAACGCAUCAAUCUGCCUUUCUCUUCAGCCUGAUCGACGACUAUCCAGCAGUUUCUGUAUCGAUCAUACAGAUCAAUAAAUCCUGAAAAUUAUUCACCAAUAAA